AUGGCUCAACAGCUGGGUGGAACUUGGACAAAAAAAAAGUUGCUUCAAUGACAUUUUGUAUAGUGAUGGCUCUUUGAGGGCGAGACAAGCCAGUUGUUAACAUUAAGUGUUUAUUUUCGCUUCUGUGCCAUGGAUUUUAAUGUAAAACGGCUAGCCGCAGACGCCGGUACUUUUUUGAGCCGAGCGGUACAAUUUACAGAAGAGAAGCUUGGUCAGGCUGAAAAGACAGAAUUGGAUGCCCAUUUGGAGAACCUUUUGGUCAGAGCUGAGAGCACCAAGCAAUGGACAGAAAAGAUUAUGAAGCAGACAGAAGUCUUACUACAGCCCAACCCCAAUGUCCGGCUAGAAGAAUUUGUUUAUGAGAAACUGGAGAAGAAGGUCCCCACACGUAUGAACAAUCAUGAGCUGCUGGGACAGUCCAUGAUUGAAUCAGGGAAUGAAAUUGGUCCUGGAACUGCCUAUGGAAAUGCUCUGAUAAAAUGUGGAGAGACGGAGAAGCAGAUUGGUGGGGCAGAGCGGGAGUUCAUCCAGAGUGCCGCCAUCAACUUCCUGACACCGUUCAGAAACUUUUUAGAGGGCGACUUCAAAACUAUUCUGAAAGAGAGGAAGCUGCUGCAGGUCAAACGCCUGGAUCUGGAUGCAGCCAAAACCAGACUAAAGAAAGCCAGGAUGGCUGAUGCAAGAGCUGCGGCAGAGCAGGAACUCAAGAUGACCCAGAGCGAGUUCGACCGGCAGGCAGAAAUCACCAGACUGCUGUUAGAAGGCGUCAGCAGCACCCAUGCACACCACCUACGCUGCUUGAAUGACUUUGUGGAGGCCCAGACUACUUACUACGCACAGUGUUACCAGUACAUGGUGGAUCUCCAAAAGCAGCUUGGCAGUUUCCCCACAUCAUUCUCGAACAACAACCAAUCGUCAGUGUCGGGCGGGGCCAGCAUCUCGGUGCCCACCAUACCGAUGUCCGCCUCCCUGCCCAGUGUGUCUGCAGGCCGCAGCAGCUCCUCGGCUUCGGGUGGAUUCAGUGAAUUGCGCAGCUCCAACGGCAGCCGGAAAGCCCGGGUCCUUUAUGACUACGAUGCUGGCAACAGCAGUGAGCUUUCCCUGCUGGCUGAUGAGGUGAUUGUAGUCAGCAGCGUCCCAGGCAUGGAUUCAGACUGGCUCAUGGGCGAGCGAGGCAGCCAGAAAGGCAAAGUGCCAAUCACCUACCUGGAGCUGCUUAACUGAGACCCACAGUCCCUUCUCUCUCUCUCUGUCCCUCUAUCUCUCCAGCCCUCAGUAACCAGCUGUGAUCUCAUAUUUAUAUGCAGGGGCAGGCGUCACUUUCUCCUCCAUUCAGCCGUUUUAGAAUGAGUUUUAUUUGCAGGAAGGAGGCGUGCCACUUGUUGCAGACAUGAAUUGGGAUGAAUAAAAUGGAGAGAAGGGAAAGCAAACUGACCCAUCCUCUCAUGUGUAUGCCAUACAUUUGUAAAA